AUGCUCCAAGUUCUCGACUCAGAUAUUCAGCCAAGUAAUAGUUCAACAUCCAAAGUCAGUGAAAAUGUCAACCUAAGUUGCCCUAUCUCUGAUCCAGUGAUCCAUAAUCAAAAGAGAGUUUCCGGAGAAGCUGGUCAUGUAUCUGAAAUUUCUGAGACAGCCUGUUCUGAAAAAAUCUUGCCUGAAGUAAAUACACCAUCUAUACCUCAAAUCACUCCAGCUAAAGCAGAUAAUAAUGAUCUCACGGAUCUUAAGGAGGAAGAUUUCUAUGGUGGUGGGGGCGAGUACCACGACCAGACAACGGCCACGGCCAUUUUCACCAACACAGCCAUUGUCACCAACACUGUUGUAUUUCCAAUGACGGCGGCUUAA